UAGCAACAAGAUACACCACCGUUGCAUGUGUAAUGUCUGCACUCACUUUCCGGUUACCAUUGCAGCCAAUAGUGCCAAAGCAUUGUUGGGUCACCUGAAACUUGAAAUAAGAUCGAUGUCUAUGAAGUAUAAACGAUUAUGUCAUCGAGGUUUCCACAACAUCUACCCGAAAACGUCAUCGUAGAAAUCCUCUUGCGGUUGCCGGUCAAGUCUUUGGUACGAUUCAGGUGUGUAAGUAAACGUUGGCGCUCCCUAAUCUCGGAUCCCCGAUUCGCCAAAUCGCAGUUCCGGCGAGCGUCUGAGCGCUCACAAAGACUUCUCAUAACAUCUGGUUCUGAAAUUCGAUCCCUAGACUGUGAGGCGCUAUUUGAGCACAGUACCACUCCCAGUGUACUCGCCGUCCCUUUCCAGAAACGGGGUCGUUAUGUUAGCAUCAUUGGGUCUUGCAAUGGUCUUGUUUGUGUGGCUCUAUAUAGCCAUAGGGAUUUCUAUAUUUGGAAUCCUUCAACGAGAAAUUACAGGAAACUGCCCGAUCCUGGUAUUUCACUCCGCGGGCACAUAUAUAGGCAUGGAUUUGGAUAUGAUCCAUCCACUGAUGACUACAAGCUUCUCGUGGCCAAUUUCCGGAAGCCUCCUUCUCGGGAAAGUGAAGCCAAGGUUUUCUCUUUCAAAAGAAAUUCAUGGAAGUGGAUUCUUCGAGGCCUCGAAGAUCCAGGUAGGGCGGACGAUUCAGCAGGGAUCCUUUGCAAUGGUUCUCUGCAUUGGCAUCUUCGACCGUCCCUCGAUCCACUUUCUGGUCAGAAAAUAUGUGUGUUUGAUUUAGCCGAGGAGAAAUUCCAUGAAAUGCCGAUGCCCUCCAUUGAUUUAUUUGGGGACUGCGGGUAUGAAUUCGUCGAUACUUUGAGAAAUCUUGGAGAGUGCCUGUGUUUUAAUGUUUCUAUGAGUGGGUUUAUGGAGAUAUGGGGAAUGUUUGAAUAUGGAGUCGUAGAAUCCUGGGCACCAAUGCUUAGAGUUAAAUAUUUUCCGGUAGACCCGCUUUGCCUUUCCAGAGUUGGUCAGCUUGUGGCAAUGAAAAAUGGAAUUGUUUUGUUGAGAAGUAAUCCUGACGGAGAGAUUCUUGAAUAUGUUGAGGGCUUCAGUGGCUUUGACUCGCGUGUUGAUUAUGCAACUGUGUUUGUUGAGAGUCUACUUUCCCCUUAUCUAUGCUUGACUUGACCCUUUUUUUUUUUUUCUUGUUCUCUGUUUUUUCAGUUCUUUUGCUACUCAUCAAAGAAAUGCAGAACAGUGACGAAAGAUUUCAUGCAUGGAGAAUCGUAGUUUUUCCAGUGCAUCCUGCGACUCUUGAAAUGGGCUGUUCCAAUGCUCUUUUGUGACUUUGUAGAAUUGGGGCAAAUUUCUGUUGAA